AUGUUUAUAAAGAAUAGGGCAGAGGCAUAUUUUACGAAGCGGGUAACAUCUGGUCGGUUUGUUUGUGCUAUUAUCUAUUUUUACGGGUUCUUUUUCACUUUCAUUCAUUAUUUAUUUCCUUUUAUUCACUAUUUAUUUUUACUUUUCAUUCGGUCUUUCUCACUUGCAUUCACCUUCAUUCACAUUUCAUUUUCUUUUAUUCGUUUUUUAUUACUUUCUUUCAUCCUCAUUCACUAUUUAUUUUUCCUUUUCUUUCAUUCGUUCUUUUUCACUUUCAUUCACCUUCAUUCACUAUUUAUUUUUCCUUUAUUUCAUUCGUUCUUUUUCACUUUUACUCACCUUCGUUCCCAGGUUAUUUUUCUUUUCCUUUCAUUCGUUCUUUUUUCACUUUCAUUCACCUUCAUUCACUAUUUAUUUUUCCUUUAUUUCAUUCGUUCUUUUUCACUUUCAUUCACCUUCGUUCCCAGGUUAUUUUGUUUUCCUUUCAUUCGUUCUUUUUCACUUUCAUUCACCUUCAUUCACUUUUCAUUUUUCCUUUUCUUCCUUCGUUCAUUUUUUACUUUCAUUCACCAUUUAUUUUUCCUUUUUUUGUUCUUCUUCUUCACUUUCAUUAAUUCCCCUUCAUUCACUAUUUAUUUUUUCACUCCCAUUUCUUCAUACAUUAUUUUUCUUACUUUUUCUUUAUUUAUUUUCUCAUUCUCUCCACCUCCCCCCCUUUUAUUUCCUUGCAUUUCUUUCAUUUCCCGCCUUUCUUUCAAUUCUUCAUGUAUCAUUCAUUUUUCUUCCUGA